AUGUCUGGAAUAUGGAGGAGGCUGUCGAGAGGCUGUAGAGCUGCGCAGCCAUGGCGCACAAUCACCUCCCGCUCGUCCUCUUCCUCAGCCAAUAUCUCGGCUGCCGUCGACUCCAUGUUGCUCCGCUCCAUCAAGGAGCACUACCUCGACGUCUCCAAGAUGAACCCUCCGCCGAAAGUGAGCCCUCCUUCGGGCUUCACAGUGCUGAAAGGGGCGCUGGAUGGAAGUAACGGCCCAGUCCUCAGUCGGAGUUACGGCAACGAAGAAAUCAAUAUAUCUGUAAUGAGGUUGUCCAACAUAGUCCCUGGAGGCGGCGGCGAUGGAGGCGGGGCGGACGAAGAAGAGGAUGAUAUCAACCAAUUGUUUCUUCAUGUGGAUGUCUCCAAACCUGACCAGCAUAAGUCGCUAAAUUUCCUCUGCGGACUGUAUCCAGAUGCUCUGGGUAUUCACUCUGUUUCACUGAGGCCCAAGCUUGAAGAUUCUGGCUUUUUUGAGCUUCCAUCCAGUUACAAUGGCCCUGUUUUUGGGGACCUGGAUGAGAGGAUGAGAGAUGCAUUCCAUGCCUACAUUGACGAGCGAGGGGUGAACGAAGAUCUAUUUGCUUUUCUUCAAGCCUGGUUGUAUGUGAAGGAUCACAGGAAUCUGCUGCGCUGGUUCAAAACAGUGGGUUCACACAUUAAUGAAAAAUCGGUUGCAGAAGAUGCAUAGAUAUGGAAUUAGCAUGUAGCAGGUUUAGUUAAAACAUAAAUGAGUGAGUGGUUUAUGUACUGUUUACUGCUUCCAGAUUGUCUCUUUUUGUAAACUGCUCCUCUUGUAUACGACAGAGAUUGUCCUUCUAGUAGUCCUAUCAUCAGAACUGGU